AUGUCAACCGCAGGGGACUGGUCCCCCGAAAACCCCAUUUUGGCCUACCUCCAGACAGUAGCUCAAACCAAGAAGACCCUCCCCUAUGGGCAACCCGUCGUCGCCUACCUCUCCCACAAUCACACCGACUCCGUUUCAUUGCUGCGGCUGGCCGCAGAGCUCGGUCCAUAUAUCGCUAUCUUGCAAAUUGCCGCAGAAUGCAUUGACGACUGGUCGAGCGACGUGAUCGAACAACUCCAGCAAUUAGCCAAAGAACAUGGUUUCCUACUAUGGGAAGGAAGCAAAAUUUUGAACUCCUUGGUCAACUUCAUGGGCAGAGCAGACGCACCGUUGGAAACACGGCAGGCCUUAACGGAUCUGAUCAAGAAGACAUAUACCAGUGGUCCGCUGAAGACGGCAACCUGGUCAAAUUUAGCUACCUCCUGGGCCCCUGCAACCCCAAUCGACAAACAGGAGAAGGAUGUAUUGAUUCCAUCAUUACGAUUGGCGGCCCGUGAGGCUGUCGCGACAACCACCAAGACCAUCCAAACAGAGAUCUUCGCGGACUUCAACAAUUACUCGUCAGGGGAAGAUGUGGAGAUCACAGCACCUUUCGGAGAAUCAAGCAAUGGCUGGAAAGAGUUCAGCCCGGAAAAUCUGGGGGGAUCGGCAUUGCGGAAAUCAUCGACUAUCUCGGUCACAACUGAGUCGAUCGUUCCACAGCCACACUUGCAUGCAGAUAACGGCGUGCCGAAUUUGCCCCUGCUAGCCCGAAGUGUUGCACUUUGCUUACCUAGUGCUAUUGAAACUGCCUUCACCCCGGAAUAUCGCCAAAGUACGAUAGUUGCCGCAUGUGCCAACUCGGACUUCGUCAUCGGCUUCGUGACCAGUGAGCCAUUCUUUGUCAAUAACCGGGGCAACAAUAUCUUUGAAUUGGCUUUACUCGAUGGCAACGGCAAUGCCCAAGAGGGCAUGGACUGUGCCAAGCUCGCUACAUCGCCCUACGUUAGCGAGAACCAAAGAUCUCUCGGCGUCUUCUCUCUUGUGCCGCCUGCGCUGGCUCAUGACUUUGAAUUUGAUCCGGCCUUCAAGCCCAGAGGGAAUGGAUCUACUAAGCUCGAGUCAGAAACUCCUUCCUCCGUCCAGUACCUCUUCCAUAUUAUUGGAAAGGGCGUUGCACAGAGAGAGCAGAACCGACUAGAGCGCGAGAGCGAUCACUCAAGAGAAAUACCGGAGGGCCCUAAGAUCGUGCAUAUUCCAGCGGUCAUCAUUGCAUAA